CUUGUUAUGCACUCAGCGGCAGCGACAACUCAAGUGUUUUAAGGGCCUUGUCAAGAUGCACGUGCUGCUUCUUAAAGAGCCUAGAGAUGGAGAGUCUGGACCUGAUCCUUACAUAAAGCUUUUCCAACCAGAAAAGCAUGGAGGUCUCAUAUUUACCAGUCCGAGAGCAGUGGAGGCUGUGAAGAUGUGCUUAGAAGCAGACGAGAGAAGGGAAGAAUGGAACAGCUCCGUGAAAGACAAAUGGAACAGCAAGUCCAUCUAUGUGGUUGGGAAGGCAACUGCUGCAGCAGUACGGAAUCUGGGUCUGAACCCUUUGGGCGAGGACACAGGAACAGCAGAUGUCCUAUCAUCUCUUAUCAUUGAACGAGAGGACACAAAUAUUCCACCACUUUUUUUCCCCUGUGGCUCAAUCAAAAGAGAAGUCUUGCCCACGGCUUUAAGGGGAAAUGGAGUGCCCCUCGAGACGCUGACUGUCUAUCAAACAGCUGAGCAUCCAGAUCUCGAGAAAAAUCUAAAUAACUAUUUCACAGAGCAGGGCACUCCGGCCAGCAUAGCCUUCUUCAGUCCAUCGGGAGUGAAGUUUUGCCUCGAAGUGGUACGGAGGCUGUCGGUUUGCAGCCAUAGGGCCUACGACACAAGACGCUAUGACAGCAGAAGAUAUGGAUUCAUUAAGCCAGUGAACUGGGAGGAGGUCCAGUUUGAAGAUUCAGACGCCUCUUUUAACGAUGACUUCCUGGGCGACUUUCAAGACAUCAUCCAGGAAGGAAGCUCACAUCACUCAAGAGAUGCUCCUGACGACCACAACAGUCUAACAGAGAGCCAAGAGUAUAUUUCAGCUCUUAAAGAGUUUCAGAGGGUCUCUGGUCUGCCUGCAACAGGUGUGUUUGAUGAAGCCACCCAGGUGGCAAUGAACAAACCCAGGUGUGGAGUCCCCGACAAGGAGAUGGACCUGGACGCCCCUGUAGCACCUGAGAACAGUAGCGCCUUAGAUACUGAAAGCAGUGAUAGUGACACUUUUAACAAGACUGACAGCAACAACACAUUAGGUAAUAUAAUCGGCGACACUUCUGCUAACCCCUUUGAAGAUUACAUAUUCAAUGUGAAUGACACAGAAAGUGAUCUCACAGGCAUUUCCAACGACACCAGCAUGAAUUACACAGCAGACUUUAACUUAUACGAUCACAUUUUGAAUAACACUUCUCUGAACAGCUCACACAAUAUCAACAUGGACGGUCAAAUGGUAAAUGUCAGCGCGAACGCCCGUCAGAGCAAAGCAGUGCGACACAGGAAACGUCACCUGGCCUCUCUCGUGUCCAGAAGCAGACACAGGAGAGAUCUGAGUGAAACCGGGUACAUGGCCUUCACUAAGAGGGUGUUGAAGUGGAGGCUGAUAGGAGAAGGAUACAGCAGUCAGCUGACCAUCGAAGAGCAGAGGUAUAUCUUCAGACUGGCCUUCAGGAUGUGGAGCGAGGUGUCUCCGCUGGAGUUUGUGGAGAACACUCGUUCCCCACUGGAGGAUAUUGAUAUCAGGCUGGGCUUUGGAACAGGAAGGCAUCUGGGUUGCAACCAGAGGUUUGACGGCACUGGUCAAGAAUUUGCCCACGCCUGGUUCCUUGGUGAUAUCCACUUUGAUGACGACGAACAUUUCACCGCUCCCAAUGCUGGCAGUGGGAUCAGUCUACUCAAAGUAGCAGUUCAUGAGAUCGGCCAUGUGCUGGGUCUCCCCCACAUCUACAGAGCUGGCUCCAUAAUGCAGCCCAGCUAUCUGCCCCAGGAGUCAGGCUUUGAGGUGGACUGGAUGGACAGGAAGGCCAUACAGCACCUCUAUGGAGGCUGUAAGGGUCGAUUCAACACAGCAUUUGACUGGAUCAGAAAGGAGAAGACGCCCUACGGGGAGGUGGUCAUCCGCUUUAACACCUAUUUCCUGAGAGGCGGCUGGUACUGGCUGUAUGAGAACAGGAACAACAGAACACGCUUUGGAGAUCCAGUGUCACUUCAGACUGGCUGGCGUGGAAUUCCCACGGACGGAGUGGAUGCGUUUGUGCAUGUGUGGUCCAGAAAAAAGGAUGCUGUUUACUUCUUUAAAGGUGCUCGGUUCUGGAGGUAUGACAAUGAGAACGACCAGGCGUUCAGACAGGACCCUGAAGGUCACCGCUAUCCGAGGUUAAUCUCUGAGGGUUUCCCAGGAGUGUUCGGUCCCAUCGACACGGCCUACUAUGACAGGAGGGACUCUCGCAUCUACUUCUUCAAAAACAGUCUUGUGUAUGCAUUCGACGUGGAAGCCAACAGCUUGGCAAGAGGCUUCCCCAAAAACAUCAGAGAUGUUUUCCCUCCAGUGGUGAGCGGAGACCAUCCAGAUGGCAACAUUGAUGCAUCGUACUUCUCCUACACCCACAAUGCCGUCUUCCUCCUCAAGGGCGCGCGCUUCUGGCAGGUGUUGGGAAGCCGCGAUCGCUGGCGCCGGCCCUUUCUGCCACGAAAUGGCCUGCUGCCACACAAGGAGGUGGAUCAGCACUGGUUCGACAUCUGCAACGUUCAUCCCACUGCACUCAAACUCACCCGCUGAGUUUGCCGAAGCAGAGAUUCAUUAGAACCUACUGAUGUGUGCUGAUGUGGACUACUGAUUCACCUGUUGUGGUAUGUAUACAUGUUGUCAUAUGCGUAAGUAGACAGGUUCUACUUUAAAAA